UAGUUUUCGCUUUUACUUUCCUCAAAUAACUAAAACAUUACACUGAUUAUUUUUUACCAAUUUAUUUAAUUUACUCUAAAUGUUAAUUAGUUAACUGAUUGUUACUCGAAAAUUCUUUUGUUAACUGUUUCCUGUUGAAAUUAAAAUCUAAAAAUCUUAACAUCGAAAUCAACCAACAAACAAAAAGAAUCAAAAUCCUCUGGUCUCUGUGUCUCUUUACCGUUGUUCAAACAUAAAACCAUUUGUUUGGUAGAAGAGAACAAAAAAUAUUCUAUUCUAUUCUAUUCUGUUGAUUUGAUUUGAUUUUUCUUCUCUCUGCUUCUCUUUAAAGCUCUUCCACCACAUUUUAUAAAUCUAUGAAUUACUCAUCUAUUUUAUUCCAUUUUUGACAUUUGUUCACUUUGAUUGUUGAUUUUCUCUCUCUCUCUCUCUCUCUUUCGGUGUUAUGUGCUAAUCUUCUGGUGUUACCUAUUUAUGUAUCUUUCUUUCUUACAUAUUCACCUUUACUCUCAUCAUCUUCAUCAUCAUUAUCAUAAUCAACAACAAUUAGAAAUAACCUGCAACAUAAAGAGUAAAAAGAAAAGUGUUUCCCUCUAUUUUCCAUUCUCUGGUUUGAUAAAAGUUAAAUUCUAUGUUUUCUUUUCUCUUUUAUUAUCAUUUUUUUCUUCAAAAUCAUCAAAAAUAUUCUCUUCUUCUUCUCUGUCAUCUUAUAUGUUCACCUCUUCGUUAAAAUUACGCAACCUGAUUUUUCUUCUUCGUCAUCAUAAUCUUUUAACUCUUUUCCACACACUUUGUGAUUCUAUGUCCAUGUUGAUAUUUACAUGGUGAAGUAGUAAAACCACUUUGAUCUCCUUUCCUUUUGAUUUCUGUAUUUAUCCUUAAUCAACAUCAUCAUCAUUCACAACGAUUUAGAUUACAAAUCUUAUAUUUUUUGAUACUUUGAUUCCUCAAACAUUCAAGUUACUCUCUUAACUAGUCACCUAUUUACAACCCUCAUUAUCAACAAAAACAAAAGCACAAGAUAAAAUUGUCAACAAACCAGCACCAAACUCAUCUACUCACCAUUGACAUCUUUAAAUCUCAUCAGUCACCAUCAUCAUUAUCAUUAUCAUCUGUGAACAACAACAACAAAAUAUCAAAUCAAUUGAAAGAGAAAGUAUUAAAACCACCGAGGGAGAGAAGAAGAAGCAAAAUAAAAAAAAACAUCUUAAGUGAGAGCAGAAAAAAGGUAACAAAAGUCAACAAAACUGGAAUUAAUGGAAUUGGAGAAUAUUGUUGCCAACACUGUUUACCUUAAAGCAAGAGAAGGUGGUGCAGAUUGUAACAAAGGUAAAAGCAAAAAAUGGCAAAAAUUACUUCGUUUUCCUCACAUCUCCCAGUGUAUUCAUCUGAAAGAUCAAGUUGAUGUUUCUUACAAUUAUAUUGUUGAACAGCAGCCGAUAGGACGACUACUAUUCAGACAAUAUUGCCAAACCAAGGAACUGUACAGUAAAUGCAACAAUUUUCUGGACGCUGUUGAAAACUAUGAAAUUCAAUGGGACGAAGACAGGAGCAUAGUGGCCAAAGAAAUUGCAUAUAAAUAUCUUAAUUUUGAAUCGAAUCAAUUUGUCGAUAUCGUUAAGGAGGAAAGUCGCAAUAAAUGCAAAGCUAAUCUUGAUCUUGCUUCGAGAGACCUUUUUCUGGACAGUGCCCUAGAUGUAAAAUUAUUUUUAUCAACCGAUCCAUUCAAAGAGUUUGAAUCUUCAAUGUAUUUUUAUCGUUAUCUUCAAUGGAAAUGGUUAGAAAAGUUACCUGUAACCAAAGAUACCUUUAGGAUGUACAGGGUACUUGGUAAGGGUGGUUUUGGUGAAGUUUGUGCGUGCCAAGUACGUGCCACGGGUAAAAUGUAUGCCUGUAAAAAGUUGGAAAAAAAGAGGAUAAAAAAACGUAAAGGCGAAUCCAUGGUAUUAAUUGAGAAGCAAAUUUUACAGAAAAUUAAUUCACGAUUUGUGGUCAGUUUAGCUUAUGCAUAUGAGACUAAAGAUGCCCUUUGUCUAGUAUUAACCUUAAUGAACGGAGGUGACCUUAAAUUUCAUAUCUAUAAUAUGGGUGGUGAACCUGGUUUCGAUCUGGAUAGAGCUCGUUUCUAUACAGCCGAGGUUACUCAAGGAUUGGAUCAUCUUCAUUCCCAGGGGAUCGUUUACCGAGACCUUAAACCAGAAAAUAUCCUUCUAGAUGAUCAUGGUCACGUAAGAAUCUCCGACCUUGGGUUAGCAAUGGAAAUACCAGAGGGUGAAAUGGUUAGAGGAAGAGUUGGAACUGUUGGUUAUAUGGCUCCCGAAGUGAUUGAUAAUGAUAAAUAUGCCUUUAGUCCAGACUGGUUCAGUUUAGGUUGUCUUUUAUACGAAAUGAUUGAAGGUCAAGCUCCAUUUAGAGCCCGAAAGGAAAAGGUCAAACGGGAAGAGGUCGAACGUCGAGUCAAAAAUGAAUGUGAAAAAUAUUCAAAUAAAUUUAGUGAAGAUGCCAAAGCAAUAUGCCUAUCGUUACUCUCGAAAAAAGUUCCUGAUCGUUUGGGAUGUAAACUUGGACGUAAAGGAGCAAGUGAGGUUAAAGCAUCGACUUUUUUCAAGACGGUUAAUUGGAAACGCUUGGAAGCGGGUAUGCUACAGCCACCAUUCAUUCCGGAUCCUCAUGCUGUUUACGCCAAGGAUGUUCUGGAUAUUGAACAAUUUUCAACGGUUAAAGGAGUCAAUUUAGAUGCUAGUGAUGAUUCAUUUUACAGUAAAUUUAAUACUGGAAGUGUUUCAAUUCCAUGGCAAAGUGAGAUGAUUGAAACUGAAUGUUUUAAAGAGUUAAAUGUUUUUGGUCCUGCAAAUACGUUACCCGAUGAUCUCAAUUUUGAUUGUCCACCAGUAGAUGAGCCAAAGGGUUGCUUCCAAUUUCUUAGGAGUAACAAGAAUAAGAGGAAAAAUGUUCACAUUUCCAAGAGUAAUGCUCAGAUUGGUGAUGAUGUGACCUCACAAAAUACCACAGGGACAGCAAAUAACACCACUAAGGAACCAAGUACAGCUAAAAGUACCAAUUCCAUCAGUUAACAUUGCCAUCAUCAUCCAAAUACCAUAUAUAUAUAUAAAAAAACCAAUAACCAUCAUAGUUUCAUGUACAAAAUAAUUAAUUUGUUUUAAAAAACACUCAUCGUGACAUCAAAAACAUACAACAACAACAAUGUUAAUAAUAUCUACAUGUAAUCAAUCACAAUUAUGAGAAUCAGGAAAAGUUGAAAUAGUCAAUGCAAGGAAAACCAGUACAUAUACAAAGGAAAAAGAUUACUAAUUAUAUCAAAUAUCAUCAACUGAUUGUUGUUGAUCAUUUUACCUAAAUUCAGAAGAUUUACCAAAUUAUUUGGAACUUGAAUUUGGAAAUUUAUUUACUUUCAUGGUUCAUAUGGAUAUGGAUAAUCUCAAAUUUCCCUGAAUUGUGAAACGUAAAUGUCUGAAGAGUCCAAGCUCGAGUUGAAACCAAUCAACUGACCAAGACAGUGACCAACUGGAUAAUAUACCUGAUGGAUUACUAAUACCCAAGAGUUGAUUUCGUUUGUUUCCUCGAACUUUUUUUUCUGUCACCGACGAAAACGCUGUUGAAUAAAUAUAAAUCCACGAUCUCGUUUUACUAUCACAGAGGAAACAUUGAAAUUACUCAUGAAUAAAAAGAAAAGCUUAGCCGGAGAUGAACAAUCAACUAAUUCUCUACCAAUUUUGAUUCAUUCGUCAACGAUACACAAAUGAAUGUGACCUUUAUUGUAUAUAAAUCAGCUGAUUGAUCGUUUCCGUAAUGACCUGUUGUUGAUUUUGAUGUUUCUUUUUUUUUGUUUUGUAAAAAAUCCAUUGAUUCUGAUUAACUGAUUCACCAACGAACCAGUAAAUUUUAUCAUGUUAAUCAUAAUCAGUUAAUUUGAAACAACAUGAAUGAAAAACAAACAAAAAAUACUGAAUGAAACAGUCUCAUAAUUAAUGAUAAAUUAUUAUGAUUAAUUGUUACAUUCACUUUAUUUACAAUUUGUUUUUACACUUUUUCGCGUAAAAAUUAAUCAUUGAUAUUAAUUAAUGUGACACAUCAUUAUCAUUAUGAUUUAGUUAAUUUUGUUCUGUCAUUUAAUUUCCGAUUUCACAAUUUGUUAAAUCAUUUGGCAAACUAAUUAUACAACUUUUUUUUAUAUUAAUACAAUAUAUAUAUUGAUACCCUCUCUCUGUUCACAACAAUUAACUUAAUUGAUAAACAUUUUGCAAAUAUCAACAAUUAACUUUUUUGAUUGUUUGGUUGAUUUUUUUUGUGCUGAUGAUAUUAAUUACCUUUUGAUAUUAUCAUUAAGAAAAUCAUAUAAAUUGUUAUCAUUAUUAUUGUAUUACACAAAUGAUAAGCAAAUUGAUUGUCAACUGGACAACAAUUAACUUCACACUAGUGACAACAAUUAUAAUGAUGAUGCCAUGAAGCUUUUAAUUGUGAUUAUGAUUGUAAUUGUAACUGUCAAAUCUUUUUACCUUUUAAUUUUGUCCCAUAAUUUGUUUCCAUUAAUCGUUUAAUCGUAUUGAUUGAUUGGCAGCUACUAAACAACAACAACAACUAAAUUAAGUGAUUUAAUUACACUCGGGUAAAAAAACAACACAACUACAUACGUAUUAAUAUACUAACAAUUAACUUUAAUUGUAAAUAAUUAACCACAAUUCCCUUUUCACUCAACAAACAAUUGGUAAAUACAAUUCAUCAUCAAACUCAUUUAUUAAUUUGUAUAUUUUGUUGAUUUAAAAGGUAACAAUUAAUCAAAAAGCAAAACUCAAUACAUAUCGUUGUAAAUUAAAUGUAUACCUUUUAAUCAUUACGAUUAAAUCAUUGUGAUCAGGUUAAUUGUGUAAUAUACAAUUAACUUAAUCAUUUUCAAAUUUAUCGAGUCAUUUAUUAUCAUUAUGAGAAAGUAAAAAUUCAAAUGUAACAUUUCAGUAAAUCAUCAAACGAUUAAAUAAUUGUAUUAAUCAUUUCAAUUGAAUAACAAUUAAUUGAUUUACAAAUGAGAAAAGUAAUCAAUCAAUUACAAUUGUAAACGAUUAACUUAAAUAACUACAAUUUGAUUAACUCUUGAAUGGAUUCAUUUGAUUCCUAUGAUAUGAAACUUGAUCAACUUUAAUUGUUUUCAAUUGUAUUGGUCAAUUGUGUGUUGAUAGUUUAUAUUGAUUUUCAUCAUCUUGACCAUUCACAUAGAUCAGAUUACCAAUGUUAAUAAAUAACAAUCAGAUAAAUGAUUAACUUGGA